AAAGAUGCCCCAAGGCGGGAUCCUUUUAUCCAAGAACAAUAUAAACUUGAAUCAUCUGUUGAAAAAAAUUACAGGAUGUCCUUUCCUCGCCAAAUUUGUAGCUUAAUUCUGCUUGCUCGAGAAAUUUACCUCUAAAAGAUUCAAGAAUAAGCUUUCAAGGAGCACAAGAUGAAUUUUAAAGUACAACGUACCUUCGCCUUCAUAACGAUGGUCGUGUUAAUCUGGAAACCAGUCUACAUGAAUCAAAAUACCCCGAAUGCACCGCGAAAUGAAUGUCUACUAAAUGGAGCAAGCUUAUCAGUUCUUGUCCAUCCUCCGAUGACCACUGACUAUCGAGACCAAAACUUUAAAGGAAUUUUGGGUGACUUUUUGGGCGAAAUUAUUGAGAAAUGCUUCGUUGAACAGUGCCAAAUAUCCCCAGAAUCUUUUAAAAUAACGGUGUUUAACUCGACAGCGAGUUUUGUAGUAAGUAUGAAAGAGAAUAACUCGGAUAUUGCAUUUCCAAUCAUGCGACCUCUAAAGAUGUUUUUGACUAGUGACGACUAUAAUGGGUCACGUUUUCGUUUUGUGGAGUUCAUGAAAACCCCAUGGUAUUCUCUGAUCCUGGACGUGAAAAAUUUCAAUAGUAAAGCCAAUUCAAUCGUCUUCAAGACGCUGGGUGAGAGUGUGUGGCCUAUUGUCAUCUUCACACUUCUUAUAGCGGGCAUCUCAGGAAUAUGUGUGUGGGCUUUGGAAACUUAUUUCAAUGAAGAGGAAUUCCCCCGUUCUUUUACAAAGGGGACAUACGAGGGAUUUUGGUGGGCCUUUGUCUCCAUGACGACCGUAGGGUACGGAGACAAAACCCCAAAGUUUGUUUUGGGCCGUAUGUUUGGCGUGCUUUGGAUCUUACUUGGCUUGGUUGUCAUAGCAAUGUUCACAGCCACAGCUACAAGUGCUUUCAGUAUCGAUGUCGAUUCCUUGGCACGGGUGACAGGACAAAGAAUUGGCGUAAUGAGUAAUACAACAGCGAGAUUAGAAGCGAAUAAACUAGGAGCCAAGGAGGUGAAAGAGUUUGCAUCAAAACAAGCCUUGCUGAGUGCCCUUCGGAAAAAUGAAAUAGAAGGCAUUUUCAUGGACAAGUACAUGGCUUCCUACAUGCUCUACAAGCAGAAUGACUCAAAUUUCAAAGUAUUUAAAGACUACGAAGAGAAAAUUCCUUAUGAACUGGCAUAUCGCGAUAGCCCACUCUUCAGAGAUGCAUUUGAAAGGGAGACUUGCGCUCGUAAUCUCCUUCAGAAAAGUUUUGUGGACAGCUACCUUAUGAAGUACCUAAAGCCAGUUGUGGCGUAUAACGCCGAUAGCGACGCCAUUAGCCCGUUCUCUGGUGAAAAUCCGUGCACUCGCAAGUUCCUGUUAAUCAUCAUGGGCGUGUUCCUUGGUCUUUUAUCCAUUGGGCUUGUGGCAGAAGUUGUGAUCAGAAUCAUCAAGAGGAGAAACAAAAAAGUGAAGAACGUUGCAGGUGAAAUCGACUUGAAAGAAGUGAAAGUGCAUAAUUCCAAAGGACACCUUAAAGAUAUUGAAGAUAAAGUGAGUCAACUGGUGAACGAAGUCGGUAAACUGCAAGCGCAGCUGGCAGCUAUGUCUUCUUCAGUAAACGGCACUCAGUUUGGGGGACAGCACACUCCCCACUUUUAGGAUGAAAGCAAGGAAGACUGAACUCCCACACUAUUCUCCACUCAUAAAGCGACCCUGAAAUUGAGUUUUCUUUAUGCAGUACUGCACUUGAAGAACGCUUACCGACGACCGGCAAGACCGUUCUUAUAUUUCCUUUAAGUAUGAAAUUCGUAUAGAGUGAAAAAGAUAGUUAUCGUUGGAAAUUCAACUUUACUUGGCUUAAUUACCAAUGUAGCUGUUAUCCAUCCUCGAAGAGACAUCUCUAGCUAUCCCCAUUGGACUCAGUUCUUGAUGUCCUUGGGAUAAAAGUUGCAUCACACUAUCAUCGAUGUACGGGAUGGAUACACAAGAACUUACAUUCAGAGAACAGCCCCGAAAUAAGAGGAAAAUAUUCUAUAUCGUAAAGGAGUCCAAAAGAAACCCCUCUGUAUAAAAUGAUCAUUAAGGGACCUUAUGAUCUCUUGAUUCUUUACGAAUCUUAACCCUUUAACUCUCAAGAUCUCAUUUACUGUCUGACAUACAAUUCUUAUGAUGUCAAUUCGGAGAAUUUGUUAUUGGAUCAACUGAUAAUCCCCUAAUUGAUAUUUUACUCUAUUCUAAUCACCUCUAUGCUUCAUAUUGUAUUGAUAUUGUAAGGAGAAAUUCCCUCUUGGUCACUCAUGGGAGGUAAAGGGUUAACGUUACUCUAAAUAUAUCGCAUUGGUAAUAUAUAUUAUUGUGAAUAGGAUUUUCUGUAGCUCAUUGGUAAAUAUCUAGAUCUCGAAAAUUAAAGGCAAUUUAGUCAGUUUUUAGACCAGUAAAGACAGCGCCGUGAAGACAUACUGGUCCUUGGUAAUGAAAAAAAACCUUUCUGUCUCAGUGUUUCACUUUCGCCUCAGGCUUCUCAUACAAAUAGUCAUUUCUAAACGACAAAAUUUGUUUAGCUCUCAGGAUGUGAAAAAGGCCUCAAUAAUUUGUUAAUACCUUGUAAAAGA